AUGUCUCAACAACCCAGGAGGAUCGUUCUCUUCUGUGACGGGACUGGUCAAUCAGAAUACAACCCUGAGAAUCGAUUAACAAACGUAUCACGCAUCAAGAGUUACAUGUCGAUCAGGACGAGCGGUAACACCAGUCAGUCAUCUUUCUAUAUCCCAGGUAUUGGCACAGAAGGUUUCCACACGGAUAAACUGCACCAGGCCAAUGCCAAAGGUAUCGAGACAAGUAUCAAAGCAGGUUACAUCGCCAUUCACGACAACUAUAGCCACGACGACGGCGAUCAGAUAAUCCUACUGGGAUUCUCUAGGGGCGCAUUUGUUAUGAGAUGUGUGGCUGACAUGGUCGGCAGAAUCGGGGUGCUCACAAAAGCUUCCAAUCGUCUUGCCGACCAUCUUGUGGACCUCGUCUUUGAACAGUGGAAAGCACGCAAGGACGGCCAAUACCAACGAUAUGAUCCUGACCCAAGGCAAGUUGACAUUGCAGAUACUCCCACUACUGAUGAUGGGCAAGUUGCUGUCCCAGAAGUUGUUCCAAGCCUGAGUGAUGAGGAUCGAAAAAACAAGGACGCGCUUUUCACAUUUUUGUUGCAACACAGCACGUACCUAAUUCGCGAGGUUCCUAUCAAGGUCUGCCCGCUCUGGGAUACAGUUGCGGCAGUCGACACACCCCUUCUUGGAAUUCAGCAGAUACGCGUUCCCGGCGACUUCGCCUUUGUCAACUCGGGGCUGGAUGACGGAAUCCAACAUGCGAUACACGCACUUUCCCUCCACGAACGUCGUAGGCCUUUUCUGCCGAUUGUCUGGAGGACAUCUGAUACCGCAGGAACUCUUAUAAACCAGACUCGAACUUUACGACAGUGUUGGUUUGUAGGAUACCACAGCGAUAUUGGUGGCGGACGUGAGUUCCAGGGCCUCAGUCAUAUUUCACUGGCGUGGAUAAUCGCAAGGCUUCAGGCUUUUCUGGAGUUUGACGUCGACGAGUUUUCUAACCCUCCCCCAACGAAAUCAAGCUGGAUACUCCAUGGAGAACCUGACAGUGGUGACUCAAUCGUCGUACGUCCCCAGGUCAUUGGGUCCGACUCGAUGAAAGCGAAAUUUCGCCUAGCAGGAACGAAACACCGGACAUCACGUCGGCAUUUCUGGACAACAACAACCUUCGAUAACAUCAAAGAACCAAAUGCCAACACAGGUGACUCUAAGGAGACGAUACACUGGACGGUCAAUGCCAUAACUGGUGUGAGGUGGUACCCGUCAUGCAAAGCUCUCGCGUCGUCCUUGCCAGGGGUAGACUCGAUCGCAAAUUGCCAAUGUGGACAGGGCAACACCAGGCACUGGCGACACUGGACUAUCCCACUGAAAUCCUCAGCCAUUCCAAACUACCGCGUCUGUGAAGAGACCGCCUUGGAGGCGAAUCCGAAUUUGGAGGUUGAUGGGGAGCUGGAGCUGAAGCUGCUGUCGAAGUGGCUCUCGUCCGAACUGAAGGCUCUCCAGAGGGACAGCAAAGAAAGCGAUCCAGUUCCGAAGACCUGCAUAUGCGAGGUGAUGGAUGGCAUAUGGAGGCGAUUUUAUAACACGGCUUGA